CAGCGGCACAAAAACUUUGGAAAGUCCUGACACCGUUACAUUGCCGAGUGUCGCUGUCACCUCCUCGCCCGUGGAUUAUCGAGCCUGCACUCCUUUUUAAAGACGCCUCCUCACCCGAAAACCAUCACUGCUCUGCUGCUUGACAAGGACACUUCAGCCGCUUCCCACUGAGUGCCUUCAAACCCCAGAGACCCAGACUCAGCUUCCACCGUCGCCUCAAACAUAAACUUCCCAGACAUGGAGGGUCACAUGGUGCGCCUUGCCCUGCUUCUGUGCAUCACUGUUGCAGCCUCUGCCUCAAGUCUAACAUGUGAUCCAACAAAAAAUGACAACCCAUGGUUUCAUGUGAGAGAGAUGCAAACUGGCUGCUGGACCAGCUUCGUCACAGAGGACAAGGCGGAGGUCCACAUCCUUCACUUUACUGCCACGGUUCAGAAGAUAAUCCCUCUUCAUAUGCCAAACGCUAAGCCAAUGAACCUCAUUCUUACGUCGCCAGACGUAGUUUAUGUUUUCUUCAACAUCAGCGCAGAUGUAAACAUUUAUCUGAACAGUAACUCCACAAUCACUGCUUAUAGUAAUGAACACAAAAACAACAUUUACAAGCAAGAUAUCCCCACUCAAAACGAGGACCUGGUCGAGUGGGCGACACGGAAGUUUGGCGGCGUGACCUCGUUCACAACAGUCCAAAAUCUAAUACAAAUGUCCACAACCGGAACAGCAGGAACCACACCUGGCUCUCGCCAUUGCACGCUUAGAAAUGAAGACGCAUUCGAGAAACACUUCAUGGAGAUUACAAAUGGACCCUCUGCUACUUCAUCCACGUCUUGCUCCCCUCAGCAGCAGGAGAACUCCAGUGAUGAAGUGGAGCUUCACAUCAUAAACAUCCCGGAGAAUGCCCGCGUUUGCGAUGUGUCACUUCGCAUGGAUACAAAGAUGAUCAGGGUUUACUUGAGGGGCCCCCAGGGGACAGCAUGGACCAUUCUCAAUGCACAGUACACCAGGUUUGCUUCUAACAAUGACGUCCUGCUGCCCAGCUUCACUCGUGGAACACCAUUACAUACACUGAACAGUGACAAUGCAACUGAGGUCCAGAACAAGGUUAUGGAGAUCUUUAAUGUCACUACUUUCACUAGUUAUACUGAACUCAGACCAGCGGACUCUUCAAUCUUGCUGGUGCUUGUAAAAAAGGACAACCCUACAGUAACGACAACACCACUGGCACCGUUCAUUCCCAUAACAACGACUGCUUCAAAUCAGAUGCUGUUGAUGCAGUUGUACACGUCCCCAGAUUUCCGCUCUCCCCUAGACCCCAACACCAAGGUACAGAGCGACAAGAGAAUUUAUGCCGAGAUUUCUGGUCACGCUUACGGGGGGAUCAAGUUGACCAUCAAAGUGACCAGUUGCUUUGUUUACUCUAAGCACUCGUCCUCUGUGGUAAAAGAGCUGCCCUUCAUUCCAGAGACCUGUUCCCCCAACUCUUGUCCCAACAGCACCCGACUGAGCUUUUCACUAGAUCAGCUGCAAGAGGUGACCUCCACCUCAUGGGACCUGGAAUGCUCAGUCAAACUAUGCCACGGUGAGCAAUGUGCAGAUGCAGGAAGAGUGAAUGGAAAUCUGGAGGUCACCCAGCCGUGUCUGCAACCACCGACCCCACCGUGCUUUGAUUUUGGCCUACCUGGUGUUCUUGGCAUUGCAUUUGGAGGAUUCCUGAUUGGAGUAUUACUUAUUGGAGCACUGUGGUUUAUCAAAAUAAAAACAGGAUACCCAACUGGAUUAGACAUGAGCUCAACAGCAGCAAGUCUUCCCGGAUGCCCCUGCUCUGGAGCCAAACGACAACCAGUUUCUAACAACCCGUCCCCCUCUGAGAACAGCAGUGCUAAUGCAAGCAUUGGAAGCACCCAGAGCACACCGACCAGCAGCAUGGCAUGAGACUAAGCUAAUCGUCACCACCAACAGAGCCACCAUCUCCCUCCAAAGUCAUCUGUACGGGUUUUGUGCUUUUGUUUUCCCUGAUAAUGCUUAAAAAGCAUCUCCCCUCUGUGCCCUCCUUAAAUUCCCAUUAGAAAAAGCACAACCCACCGGGCUGGGGGACAAAUAACAGGAGUCUAUUCUGUGGCUUCUGACGCUCACCUCUGCAGAUUCUCUGUCAAGCUCGUAGACAGGAAGUUAAAUAGGGCAAGAGGGAAAAAAAAUUCUCCCAGCAACAGGAAAAACAAACCAUAUCCCCCAAGAGCUAACAGGAAAUUCACUGCAUUCCUUUAGAUGAAUUGUACUUGUGUGAUGGCAGCACAAUAAUAGUUAGACAGGAGACAAACCAGUCAAAAGACUGACUUUGAAAAACAGAUGAAAAGCUGUUUUGCAUUCACAUCUAAGCCACCGGAGUACAAAGGCCCUUUGGUUAGGUCAGUCCAAAAACGUUAUCCGCAACACCUCGGGAACUGGAAAGCUCCAGAUGUGAGGAUUUCUCAUACAAUUAAAAUGGUCACUUUGAGGGUUAUUUGUCCUAAUUGGAGUUCGAGGUCAAGGGUUAACAGCUACCUCCUAUUGCGAAGAAGUCUGGUGCUAAGUUUAAACUUAAGACCAGAUUUCUCUGUUGAAUUUAUCUUACUUUCUGACUCUUUCAUGUUUUUUGUUUUUUUUUCUUUGCUGUAGGAUCUUACAGCCGACCCACUGGGUCAUUUGUAGCUAACAAAACAAAGUUAUGGUUCCACUCUCAUGCGAUGCAAAAAAACUGAAUCAGAGCUUUCACAUUUAUGUUCUAGUCCCAUCCCACUGUUUGUUUGUUUUUUUUGUUAUUAAGGUAAGAGCAACAAUAAGAAACUAUGUUCAUGGGCCAAACAUAGCAAUCAACCAUUAAGUAAUGAGGAAGGAAAUAAUCACUUGUGUUAUGUACAGCACCGCACAGAUGUGUGGCUGCAUUCAGAGCCGAGUAAUGUUUCCAUAAGUAGGAGUUGGCAUCACAGUCGUGCACAUCAGUUUUCAGGACUCAAUCAUUUACUCACUCAUACUCGGUGAUGCCUGCAGGGUGGAGUUCCCCUAAAAUAGUCUAUCUGGAGGCUGAAUUCCAGUACUUUUCCUCUGAACACAGUGCAUUCACAUCAGAAUUAGCAACAAGUCCAUUACCACCACGUAAGAGUUUGUUGCGACAGCUUGAAAUCAAUGUUUCUAAUAAUACACACACACAUACAAUCAUGCACAGCAGUUAAGUGCUUUCCGGCCAGUUCAAAUACCAGCCUGCUGUUAAUAAUAAUCCAUCAUUCCUUCCCCCCAUAAUAUAAAGACUUUAUGUCUUUGACAUACAACCUGCUCACUCAUGUUUAAUGCCACUUUGACAAACAUAUGUAGAGCUGCCAACUUAAUGUGACCAAAAUAUCAUGGAACAAUACAGGUUCAAAUAUUGUGCUGUAAUAUUUGAUAUCUUGUAAUUAAAUGUGUGGUAUUUCAGGUAAUUUGGCAAAAACAAAGUGCCUACAUAGCGUUCGUCACCAGCUCUGGAUCUUUGAACUCAGUCGUAUAAUCACCAGUAACACAAAUAUGAAACCACAUCUUUCAUGUCACCAAAGUGCUUUAACCCCGUGAAAACUACUUUAAAACUUCGGUUUUCCACCUCUCGCAGAGCAUUUUGUUACGAUGUGGAAACUGUCACUUGAGAGAGAGAUGAGUUUGAUGAUAUAAAAUGAUUAACUUACAUCAGCUGCUGCAGUGCUAGCGCUAGACAGGGGCUGCAUAGGCGCCGCAUGGCGAGGACGUGCACGAGGGGCGAGAGUGGCGGUUGAUCCGUGAAACCACCGUUUGUUUUUACUGUUCAAAUGUAAAAUGUGUUUUUAUAUCUAUAUAUAUAUAUAUAUAUGUAUAUAUGGAUAUAUGUAUAUAUAUAUAUAUAUAUAUAUAUAUAUAUAUACAUAUAUGGUUUUUUUUUUGUUGCCACAAACAUUCACGUCACACGUUGAGCCUCAGUCAGUGUGUAUCUAAAGUACAUUACUUUGACACAAAUGCCUUUUAUAUGCAUAACAUAUACUACUCUAAUUGAUGCAUAUAUAUAUAUAAUAUAUAUAUUCACAUGACAUACAGUUAUUAACCUUCAUAGUUGGAUUAUAAGGUAAUUUAUUCACCUUCGAACCUAAUCUCUUCCAGACCGAUGACAUUUGUGAAAUGUCUCCUCAUUGUAUGUAUUCGAACUGUGUAAGCUUGUCCCCUCCCUCUUUCACUCGGUGUGUGUGUGUGUGCGUGCGCGCGUGCGUGUACAUUUUUAUGAACAUGCCUGAUUUUUCUUAUUGUUUUUGUUCUGUCGAGAAAGAAACAAAGAGGGCCAGUACAAAAUGCCACUUGAGUAUUUGUGCAAUAUGAUGAGGUUAACUUGUAUGUAAUGUCGAUAUGAAGUUUUGUAAGUCGCUGUAUGAUAUCCUUACUUUGAGCCCUCUAUUCUUAACAUGCCUUAGUCUUUUAUGUAUUUAAAGAACUGGGACAAAUUCCAAUCGAAGCACUUAUUAAAUGCAUUGAAUUUGUUUUGUGUAUUAAUCAUAUUUUUUUUUAUAUCUGCAUAUUGGUAUGUGUUUCAGUGUUACAUGUUACAGUCUGUUACAUUUGGUCUUGUUGGUUUUUACCACUAUUUGAUUUUUACCCUAACUGUAAAAAAAACAAAAACCCUUGCAGUCUUGAAAACAGAUCGGCAAGAUAAUUCUGAGCGCAACUUCUCACCACAAAGUCAGUCAGUCAUCAUCUAACCGCUUUAUCCUCCACCAGAGGGUCGCGGGGGGUGCUGUGCCAAUCUCAGCUACAUCGGGCGAUAGGCGGGGUACACCCUGGACAGUUCGCCAGUCCAUCGCAGGGCCACACACAGAUAGAGACAAACAACCAUUCACUCUCACACUCACUCCUACGGUCAAUUUAGAGUGUCCAAUUUACCUAUUCCCCACAUUGCAUGUUUUUGGACUGUGGGAGGAAGCCGGAGUACCCGGAGAGAACCCACGCACACAUGGGGAGGAAGGCCCUUGUUCCAACCGGGGCUCGAAUCCGGGUCUUCUCGCUGCAAGGCGAGAGUGCUAACCACUAUACCACCGUGUGGCCCUCACCACAAAGUAUUAUAGUUAAAUGUGCUGCAAUCCGCCAUAUUCUAGAGGUCAAAUUACUCAUGUUUUUUGUUUGUUAGGUAAACAUUAUAUAUCCGAAUGUGAAAUCAACAGGCUGACAGUUAAUCCAUUUGUUAACCCUACAAAUGUAUUCAUUAUCUCUGACCACAGCGUCCUCCUACUCAGACACUCAGACAUUUAAUGGACUAUAUGUGCGUCUGUGUAUGCACGUAUAUGCGCCAUAUUCCCUGUAUUUGAAAGUCUGUGUGUAGGUGUGCAACAGACGAUACAGUAUAUAUAAUGGGUUAUCUGAUAGCCUCCAUCCUCUGAAAAGUGUCUGUAAUUCACACCACAAAGAUAUGUCAGAAUGUCAGCUUUGAUCGUAUAAAAUGCUGUUAUCUCCGUGCCUUAACCCUUCUACCAUUGAAAAUGGGUCCAAACGUGUUCUGCGCCGAAAGUAUUCCAACUGAUGUUUUGUAUUUUGUAUGUUGUCCCUGAGGAAAUACAGUAUCAGUGUUGUCUGGAUUUAUCUUAAUAAAGUGAAUAUGACAAAGUCUA